AUGCGGUUGCUGCUCGCGACGUUUCUCGCUUUUUUCUGCGCGCUGACGGUCCACGCCGUCAAGCGCGAGGACUUCAAGGAGUGCCACCAGACUUCGUUCUGCCGCCGUCUCCGCGCCAUCGCCGACAAGCAGGCCGCCAAGCCCGACUUUACCUCGCCCUACUCCGUCUCCGACCCGAAGCGUACCCCCGACACCGACGGGUACUCAUGGACCUUUCCGCUGCACUCGGCGCUGUACCCCGAUGUGAAUUUUGAGAUGCGUGUUGACCUCCUCGAGGAGGGCAUCGUCCGUGUGCGUGCGGACGAGGUCAACUCGCCCUCCGGCCUGCAGCGGUACAAUGAGACGGCCAAGUGGGUGUUCCAGGGAGAGCCCCGCAUCGCCAAGGACGGCGCCGACGUCAAGAACGAGGCCGACAUUACCACGAUCAAGUACGGCAAGGACAAGGAGCUCGAGCUUGACAUUGUCCACAAGCCCCUGCAGAUCACGAUGAAGCGCAACGGCAAGCCCCAGGUCGUCUUCAACGAGCGCUCCCUCUUCCACGUCGAGCACUACCGCAAGCAGGUGGAGAAGCCUGCCGAGGGUGGUGAGGAUGUCAAGGUGGAGGAGGGCGAGGAGCAGGUCGUCUUCCAAAAUGGAGACGAGAUCGACCGCUCCUGGUUCGAGACCGACGACAAGGACAUGUUCAAGGAGACCUGGCGCAAGUGGACCGACUCGAAGCCCAAGGGUCCUGAGGGCCUCUCGGUCGACUUCACCUUCCCCGGCGUCGAGCACGUCUUCGGCCUGCCGGAGCACGCAUCGCCGCUCUCGCUGCCUUCCACCGUCGGCGAGGACUCGUACUACAAGGAGCCUUAUCGUCUUUGGAACGUCGACAUCUUCGAGUACGAGGCCGAUUCGCCCAUGGCGCUUUACGGCGCCGUGCCCCUGAUCCACGCGCACAGCAAGCACUCGACUGUCGGUGUUCUUAACCUCGUCGCGUCCGAAACCUGGGUCGACGUUGCGCACGACAAGGACGGCGUGCGCACUCACUGGGUGUCUGAGAGUGGUAUCGUUGACUUCCUGAUUCUGCCUGGUCCCCGUCCCGUCGACCUGUUCGAGCAGUACGCCUCCCUCACCGGCCCCGCGGCUCUGCCUCCCCACUGGGCGACGGCGUACCACCAGUGCCGCUGGAACUACAAUACUCAGGACGAGGUGAUCGAGGUCCAGGACGAGUUCGACAAGGCUGACAUGCCUCUGGACGUUACCUGGCUGGACAUCGAGUACGCGCCCCACCACCGCUACUUUGACUGGAACAAGGCUUCGUUCCCCGACCCGCCCAAGAUGCUCGACGACGUGGCAUCCAAGGGCCGCAAGAUGGUCGCGAUCGUGGACCCGCACAUCAAGCGGGAAGACUCGUUCCGUAUCUACUCUGACGCCAAGGGACUCGACGUCCUGAUCAAGCGCGCGGAUGGUGAGAACUUUGACGGCUGGUGCUGGCCCGGCUCCAGUGUCUGGGUCGACUUCUUCAACCCCAAGAGCUGGGAGUGGUGGACGCGCAUGUUCUCCUUCCCUGUCUGGACCGACUCGACACCCGCUCUCUACAUCUGGAACGACAUGAACGAGCCGUCCGUCUUUGACGGCCCCGAGAUCACCAUGCCCAAGGACAACCGCCACGUCGGCGGCUGGGAGCACCGUGACCUGCACAACCUGAACGGCAUGAUGUUCCACAACCAGACCCAGGCGGCCAUCACUGUGCGCGAGUCGACGCCCAAGCGUCCUUUCGUGCUGUCUCGCUCCUUCUUCGCGGGCUCGCAGCGCUACGGUGCGGUCUGGAUCGGCGACAACCUCGGCACGUGGGCGCACCUCGCCGGCGAGGCGGCCGUCUUCCUCUCCAACUCAGUCGCGGGCAUCUCGUUCGUGGGCUCCGACGUCGGCGGCUUCUUCGGCAACCCGUCUACCGAGAUCCUGACGCGCUGGUACCAGGCGGGCGCGUUCAUGCCCUUCUUCCGCGCGCACGCCCACAUUGACACGAAGCGCCGCGAGCCGUACCUGUUCCCGGAGCCUGUCAAGUCGCAGCUCCGCGACGUCCUCAGGCUGCGGUAUCAGAUGCUGCCUCUGUGGUACAACGCCUUCCACGACGCGGCGACCAAGGGCCACCCCGUCAUCUGGCCGCAGUACGCUUACCACCCGACCGAUACCAAGGGCUUCGCGAUCGACGACCAGUACUAUGUCGGCCAGAGUGGUCUGCUCUUCAAACCCGUCGUCACGGAGGGCGCGACGGAGACGAGCGUGUACCUCGCCGACAACGAGCCGUACUACGACUACUUCACGCACACUGUUUACCCUGCCUCGAGCAAGCCGCGCAACGUCACGAUCGCCACGCCGAUCGACCGCUUCCCCCUCCUCAUCCAGGGAGGGCACAUCUUCCCCACUCGCGAGCGUGUGCGCCGCUCCUCUCCCCUCAUGUGGCAGGACCCGUACACGCUGACGGUCGCUAUCGGGCGUGACGGCACGGCCAAGGGCGAGCUGUACAGCGACGACGGCGAGACCUUCGCGUGGCAGGAGGGUGAAAUCGUCCACGCUCAGUACACCUACGAGAAGGGCGUUCUCUCCUCGCGCCACAAGGGCGAGUGGAGGAAGGACAAUGCGUGGGCCAAGAAGAUUGCCCAUGUCGGCGUCGAGCGCGUGAUCAUUCUCGGAGCCAAGAAGGCGCCCAAGUCUGUCAAGAUCGCGGGCGAGGAGGUCCAGUUCGCGUACGAGAAGCCCCAGGGCGGCAAGGCUGGCACUAUCACGAUCAAGAACCCGCCGGUCAAGAUUGUCGAUGAGUGGGAGAUCGUGAUUGCCUAA